UGUUCGCAGGACAGCGAGAAGCGAGGCCACCAUUUUGCUUCUUCACUUCAGCCCUCAGUUUCUUGGGGCCCUGCUUGUGAACCAGCUGUGUGGACAGGAGGAUCUGAAACAAAACAUGACCAAGCCCAGAAAGAAAAAGGCUUACUCCAUUCGGUGCCUUGAGCCGCAGCUCCCUCGGCUGGGAUGGGGCAUGACCUUCCUCUACUGGAAACCGGAAGACCAGGUGGAGUGUACCUCCAUCUCCAGAGUGCCACCUGUCUUACCCUUCAGCCCACAGCACUGCGAGCAUGUCAAGGACCAGUAUGUGAAAAAGGCAGCUGCCGACCUUUCCUUCUCUGAGGACGUGGGGUGGCAGCGGGGACUGCCCAGCAUGCCUUUCAAUCAGUACAGUUUUGAGCACGUCUACAACACGGAUGAUAUCAUUCCACCACUCCAGGCCAAGAAGACCCACACUGAGAAACCUGCCUGCACCAGGGCUCUGCAUGCCUCAGAGCUCUUGGCAGGAGACAUCCCCCAUUCUGUGAAGACACGAAGCCCUGUGGGUUCUAAAAAGAUACCCAAAAAACCAAAGCCCAAAGGCCUGGACCAGAAAGCAUCUCCCCCACGUCCCCGCUAUUCCCGCUUGAAGCCAGAUAUGCUGGAACUGUCACCCUCUCCGGAUGAGAGUCUGGAGGAAAGGGAAACCUGGCUUCCACCUGGGGAGAAGGAAGCCAGAGGCUGGGAAGCCAUCGUGCUGGAGAAGCUAGACAAGCGCACAGCGCGAUGGAUCCAGAACAAGCGUCCUCCGAGGCCUGGGCAGUCGCCUAACAAAUGGCAGAGCUUUUUGCGCCACCAAUACGACUGGAGCCAUAUUCGGGAUGAGCUCACUUCAGAGAGUGAUCUGGAGCUCCUCAAAAAGCUGGAGGCAGAAGAAACAGCGGAAUUUGAGGGUGAAAAUGUGACCCCUCCCCCCAAGGAAGUAAAGAAGCCUGAGCUGCUGCUUCCUGUUUUCUACAGAUUACCUGGUUACUCCUCCCCACAAGUACAGACAGUUGAAAUACUGCCUGGCAACAACAUGACGGCCGAGGGGAUCAAAGAAGAGAGAAGCAACUUCCAGCCUCCACCUCAGAACCCCUUCCGGCAGGUGAACCCCAAAGCUGGAGAGUUUGCUUACUCUACAGACAACACCUUUGAGCAAGAGAUUUACUUUGACGGAGUGAAGAUUGUUCACCAGAUUGGUGGGAGGAAUGACCAAAUUGUCUUGGAAAACCUCAAUCGGUAUGACAAGCACCUAACUAAGAUCUUCCCGGAAACCCCUGAAAAGUGGAGCUUCCAGCCUGUCCCUGAAAUACCUUACAAGCUCAGGAAAGGAGCCCAGCGUUGGAUUGCUCUGCCCACCCAGGUCAAGGGCCUUCUGCUGCAGGUGGGUGAGAAGGACACUCCUGUCAAAACUAGGAGAGUGAAGAAGCAGACCCAAGCCGUGAAGGAGGAUGUGACUUGGGAGCUGGCAGCACUGCGGAGGAUGCUGCAGGAGUGGAAGACGGCCUGGGCACUCAUUAUUGAAUGGCAUCAUGAGACGGUGGAAAACCUAUUGCGGGGCAUAGUAAACAUGUAUGAUGACAUGAGGGUCCAGGCCAUCGUCACAUGUGCUACUGCUGCUUUGGAAAGGCCCCGGAUUGCCCCUGACAAGCAGGACUCAGAACCAGUUAUUCCAGACUUGCCAGAGGUCCUCCUGCCUGCUCUAGAGGCCGCUCUGUCUGACAAGAAUCCCAAUGUGAGGAUGGCAGCAGCAAUAUGCCAAUAUGCCAUACAGUCACAUAAUCCCACUGCCCGAGACAUCAUGCAGACUGCCCUUGUGAAGGGUAAUAGUGUGGACAGCUGGGCUGCAGCUCAGUGCUUGGCUCUGGAAGGCAUUGCCACGUACCCAGUGAUUAAAAGGAUCCUCCACCAGCUCUUUAAUAAGAAGAAUGAAGCCACUGAGGAACAGUCCUAUAUCCUCCUGAGCCAUCUCAGUGGAAAGACGACCCUGAUCCACACAAUGCUUGCUGUGGAGUUGAAUAGCAGGCAAUGGAAGGACCGCAUUAUGGCCUGCCGCGCUUUCUCCCGGAUCAGUGGAAACAUCUGCAUAGAUAUGAAACACAAACUAAUCCAGCUGAUGUGGAACGACUGGAACAAAGAAGUAAGACAAGCGGCUGCCAGAGCACUGGGGCAAAUGAACCUUGGGAAAGAGGUGCAUGACAUGAUCAGGAUUAAGCUGAGUCAAGGAAAUUCCCAGGAACGGAUUGAGGCCCUCUCCCUGAUCCGUGUGCUGAAGCUCAUGACAGCCAAGCUUCUCCCAAGCUUCCUGAGCUGCUUUUCUGAUGAGUUCAUAGCAAUUCGGCAGGCAGCUUGUUUGGCGGCAGGUGCCCUGCAGAUCUGUGACAAGAUGGUGCUUGAAUGCCUCCUGAAUCUGAUGCACAGAGAUCCCUACUGGAAAAUCAAGGCUUUCGCCAUUCGAGCUUUGGGACAGAUUGGGCAAGUGAGUCCCCAGCUGACAAAUCUUCUGCUCUGGGCUAUCCACUAUGAAGAAUCACCAGGUGUACGACUGGAAGCUUGCCGUAGCAUCCUAGCCCUCAAGCUUCAAGGAAACCAGGUCAGGGACACCUUUCUGGAUGUGCUACUCCUGGAGGAACACGAGGCUGUUCUUAAGGAAAUUUACCAGGCAAUGAUGGCACUCAACUUUGAAAUGGAAGGAAAUCAAGAAAUGCUUCAGGAAAUCAAGAACAAGAUUGAAACACUAAGUCAAAAGCACUUGCUGACGGAGAAAAUAUUGAAGAUGGAAGUGGCCAUAAAGAAUGUGAAGGAAAAAGCAAGACGUAUUUACUCAGAACCCAAGGAGGGCCAAAAACCACUGGAACUGCACACUUUCCUUGACGACAUUUUUGAGGAUGAAGAGGUUCCUCCUAGAAAAGGGUCCGAGCUUUGCGACACUGAAGCAGCCAUAAAGAGGGUGCUGCCCAAGAGCCCAAGUCCCUGGCUAAAGAGUCCUGUUGUACAACUCCCCACACAGAAAAGUUCCUCACCGUUUUUCAGAGAUCUACGGACUGCCCGGGAAAAAAGAAUCGAAAAGGGGCCCUUCGGAUCUGACCCAGAUCUUUCUAGCUGGGCAACUUACUGAGAAGAUUGUCUUUCAGCACCAGUGAAAGGUGGGGAGAAGUUGAUCCUAUCUAGGCUGAAUGCUUCUCUUGCGCUUAGAGUGUGGACAGGACACACUCUCUCUCUUCCAUUGAUACUGUACAAUGUCCUCACUAUG